AUUUAAGCCAAGAGGGAGAAACGGGCCGGCUCUUGGGGGGGCUACAGUUCUGCAGAAGGAGAGGAGCAGCAUGCAGAGUCAGAGCAUGUGGAGAGCGGUUCUCCUGCUGGCGACCAUGAGCGUCACCCUAACCACGGCCCAGUUCCCCCGGGAGUGCGUCACCCCGGCCGGGCUGCAGAGCGGCCAGUGCUGCCCGUCCCCCGUGGGGGCGCUGGGGGACGAGUGCGGCUCCAGCACGGGGAGAGGCCAGUGUGUGGCCAUCGCGGCGGACAGCCGGCGCCACGGGCCCCAGUACCCGUACGCCGGGCGCGACGACCGGGAGAGGUGGCCGCUCAGGUUCUUCAACCGCACCUGCCGGUGCAACGGCAAUUUCAGCGGCUCCGACUGCGGGAGGUGCCGCCACGGGCUGAGCGGACCCAACUGUGACCAGAGGAUCUCUGUGGUCAGGAGGAACAUCAUGCAGAUGAGCGCGGCCGAGAAGGUGGCUUUUGUGAACGCUUUGGACCGAGCCAAGAGGACGGUCCAUCCUGACCUGGUCAUCUGCACGCGGCGGUACCAGGAGGUGUUUGGACCCGACGGCAACACACCACAGUUUGAGAACAUCACUAUUUACAACUACUUUGUUUGGAGUCACUACUACUCUGUGAGUAAAACCUUCCUCGGGCCGGGCCAGAGCAGCUUCGGAGGCGUAGACUUCUCCCACGAGGGCCCGGGUUUUGUCACCUGGCACCGAUUCCAUCUGCUGCAGCUGGAGAGGGACAUGCAGGACAUGCUGGGCGACCCAACCUUUGCACUACCCUACUGGAACUUUGCCAUCGGGGGCAGCGAGUGCGACAUCUGCACGGACGAGCUGCUCGGGGCCAGGAGCUCCUUCGACAUGAGCUCCAUCAGCUCCAACUCCGUCUUCUCCCAGUGGAGGGUCAUCUGUGAAAGCGUGGAGGACUACGACUCCAUGGGCACCGUCUGCAACAACACAGAGACCAGCCCCAUCAGGAGGAACCCCGCGGGCAACGUGGCCCGCCCCAUGGUGCAGAGGCUGCCGGAGCCCCAGGACGUGUUGGACUGUCUGGAGCUCAACGCCUUCGACACGCCGCCGUACUACUCCACCUCCUCCGAGAGCUUCAGGAACACCAUCGAAGGCUACAGCGCCCCCCAGGGGAUGUACGACCCGGUGGUCCGCAGCCUCCACAACCUGGCCCACCUCUUCCUCAACGGGACGGGGGGACAGACUCACCUCUCGCCCAACGAUCCCAUCUUCGUGCUGCUGCACACGUUCACCGAUGCGAUCUUCGACGAGUGGCUCGGCAGGCACCAACCAGGCGAAGUGGUGUACCCCGAGGAGAACGCCCCCAUCGGACACAACCGCAGAUUCAACAUGGUGCCGUUUUGGCCUCCCAUCACCAACGCCGAGAUGUUCGUCUCCGCCCCGGCAAACCUGGGGUACUCCUACGAGGUCCAGUGGCCAACCCGGGCCUACACCCUUUCUGAGAUCAUCACCAUAGCCGUCGUCGCGGCCGUGCUGGUGGUGGCGGUAAUGGGCGGCGUCAUCGCGUGCGCCGCGCGUGCACGCUCGUACCGCUCGGCCGAGGCCCUGGAGCCGCUGCUGGGGGACACGUUCCGGAGCUACUCGGAGGACGACCGGAGGCUGGACAAAUCGCAGUCCGUCGUCUGAAUCCGCGCCUCUUCCUGAGAGGCCUUAACGUGUUCGCGCUUUCGUUUUUUUUUUUUUUUUAUUCCCUAACGUCUUCUAAUAAAGUCGAGCUGGUUGGCUGCUGUUA